GGUGUUCUUAUUUGAUAACAUCUAUAAUGAAAAAUAAUAUAAUUCAAAUUUAUAUACAUUUGUUGCUUUAAAUUAAGCCAAAACUCAAAUGUUAAAUGAUUAUUAUAAUUUUUCUUACCUAUUCGACCCAAUGUAACUUUAACAACUUAAUAAUUUUACGUAAUUAGUAUCAAUGUGUGAAAAAAGAACUAUAAUUGAUAUCGCCCUUGAUGCCAAAUAUGAAGAUUCUUUGGAUUAUGACUAUUCGCAAAUCGAAAUAAAGUCUUAUGAUUACAGCCAAUUACAAUAUGAUUACUUUUUUAAAGAACAUAUGCUGCGAAAUUUGCCUUGCAUCAUUAAAAAUAUUACUCAGACUUGGAAAUGUUCUCAGCUGUGGAUAGAGGACGACAGCAUAAGUUACGAUUAUUUUAUAAAACAAUAUGGUCAGAUUGACGCUCCUGUUGCAGACUGCGACCAAAUAAAUUUCAACUCUCAGUGUAAAUCUGACAUGAAAGUAAAAAAUUAUAUGAACUACUUGAAAAGUAAAAGUACAGAAAAACUUUUGUAUCUGAAAGACUGGCACUUAAGAAGGCUUACACUAGAUAAUUAUUUCUAUGAAGUACCACAAGUAUUUGCAUCAGAUUGGCUUAAUGAAUAUGCCAUUGAUAAUCAAGAUGAUGACUUUAUGUUUGUUUACAUUGGCCCUAAAAAGACAUGGACACCAUUUCAUGUGGAUGUUUAUACAUCAUAUAGUUGGUCAGUUAAUGUAACUGGCAGAAAAAAAUGGAUUUUACUACCACCGGGAGAAGAAGAGAAAUUAAAGGAUCCUCUGGGGAAUCUACCUUUAUUAUUUGAUCCUGAAAAAUUUCAUAACAUAAAAUUUUACGAAAUUAUUCAAGAAAAGGGUGAUGGACUUUUUGUUCCUUCUGGAUGGCAUCAUCAAGUUUUUAAUGAACUUGAUACAAUUUCUAUCAAUCAUAAUUUUGUUAACGCUUGCAACAUUGAGAUUGUGUGGAAAGCUUUACAAAAAAAUUUAAUUUCUGUUGAACAUGAAAUAGAAGAAUUACGAGAAAUUCCAGAAUUUCCAUCACAAUGCCAACUUAUAUUAAAAUCUGUUUUUGGCAUGGAUUUUGAAUCAUUUGUUAAAUUCAUUAUUCACAUCGCCCAGAGAAGGUUGCAACACUUGAAUGGGGAGACAUCAUUAUUAUUUAAUGUUUACUGUCUUGGAAAGAAUCAUGUCUAUUUUGAUUUAAAAAUUAUAUUAAAAAUAAUUAAGUCUAUACAAAACCAUCACUUGUUCCUUAAAAAUAUUCUAUCACCCAAUAUAGCACCAAAGUUAUUAAAUAUUGAACUUGCUAUUAAUCAAUUGUUAAAAUAA